AUGCACGCAAUUGGAGCUAGCCAUAAAUGCGCGACAUGUCUUCAGACUGAUGAGAACCAUCAUAAGCGACACAGAACGAUCACCGAGCUUGUCGUUGAGUACCGUGAAGCUACUCGUGAAACCACUGGCAACACAUCCCUUGCAACAGACAUUGAACGUCUGCGAAUCGACCGUGCUCCCGAAGAACCUGCGCCAUUCGAUCAGUUCGAUGAUUUUGCCCUGAGAGAAGAAGGCUUUGCUGCCGCAGAAGAGGAUUUUGAUGUCCCAGUAGGUGUUGAGCAAGAAAUGCACAACGACAAUGACAUGGACGAUCCCGACAACGCUUUGGAGACUGUCAUGAGCACUAGCACAGCUGACACCAAUGACAGCAACCCUCUCCGAAAGCAGUCCAAGGCAGAGAUUCGCGCAGCAAAGAAGGCUGCCAAAGCCGAAAAAUCACAAGCAAAGGCCGCAAAGAACCAAAGAAAGCAGUCUGUGACUGUCCGCAGCGAAGACAUUGAAGCUGUCACCCGGGUCUUGCAUGGAGACAAUGCCGCUGAAGCUGCAGCUACGCAUCCUCUUGCGUCAGACAAGACUGUCGAAGACGUUAUCAACAGGAAUAAGAGCUUUGUGUCGAGCAUUGAAGCACACAAGAAGCAGCUGUUGUCCAGCAUCGCUCGAAAGCGCAAGACCGAGCGUGAAAGGCAGAGGUCAAAUGGCAAUGGCAAGGGCAAGAAGAGGCCCAGUGACGAAUUCGACGAGAGGGAAGCUGAGAUGGAUGACCUGGUUGCUGCUGUUUUGACCAACCUCGGCGUCGACGCUUUGCAUAUCCAGACCACAGGCAGUGGUGCUGGCUCGAAGAAGGAGAAAGGAGGCAAGGCCGGAGGCGGUUCGGGUGCUCGGAUCUCGUCAAUUGUGGCAAGUCUGAAGAAAGAGAUCAGAGAAGAUCUCAAGACAUUCGAGCAUGAGCAGAGAGAGACCUGCAUCCGAGCAGGUGGCUUCUGGAGGUAUGUGGGGAGUAAGGUGUUUGAAAGGAUGACCCUGAUUGCCCAAGAGGUGGAUUGGAAGACAGGACAGAAGUUGAAGGAGUAA